CUGUACUAUGUGUGCUUCACCUGUACACCCACGUCAAGUCUCCUCCCUCCUGCACACUUGACGUCUGGCUUUAUAUUCUUCUCCAUUAAUUAAACCCCUCCUUCAUCGUACCUCAUUAAUGACACACCAUUUUCAGAUUCAAUCCCUUUCACCCCAUCAUCCUAUCAUCAUCUUUCACUGAAAAGCUUCAAACUUUUCAAUAAAUAAACCCCAUCAGUUCUCCUGUGUAACAAGAGUAUUGUCGUCGUCUGUAAGAGGAUUUAUUGAGAUUGUGAAACUUUACUACUUUAGGGCUUUGAAAUUAGGUCAUUAGAAAGUUUGACUUUUGACUUUUGACUCUUGAAGAGUCAAAGUUGACACAAAUGGAUCCAAGAUUCGGUAGGAUUUAUGGGUUUGAUGAUGGGGAUGAAAAUGGGAUUCAGUUUGGGAAAGUAAAUCUGCCUGAUUUUGCAGAUAAUAAGGUUGUAAACACUGGUCAAAUGUUUGAGAGUCAAAUGUUUGGGAACUCUUGUUUGACUUAUGAUUUAGUCAAUGUUAAUGAAAGUAGUAUGUAUCAGAAUGGUGUGUAUAGUCAAAACUUUAGAGGUUUACAGUUUCCACCGUUGGAUAAUCCGCCUGUGGUGGAUGCGAGGGCGAAUCUUGAAGACGAGCUUCGCGAAGAUUGCGAUUUUUCGGAUGCGAUUUUGGGAUUUAUUAGUCAGGUGCUUAUGGAAGAAGAUAUGGAGGAUAAAUCUUGUAUGCUGCAAGAAUCUUUAGAUCUUCAAGCUGCGGAGAGACCGUUCUACGAAGCUCUUGGAAAAAAGUAUCCCCCGACCCCGCCCCCAUGGCCGCCACCGCCGCCUUCGGUUGAUAGCGGUUUGACUUCCGUUGACCACUCUGGGAACAGUCUUUAUGUUGAGAACUUUAAUGGCUGUGGCGUGCAGAAUGUUGGAGCGCAGAAUGUGUCUUAUGCGUCGUUUGGGUCUUCCACUAACGGGGGGCUGGAUUCGCCUGCUAGCACUGCUGAUACGUAUGAUCUUUGUAACGGUAACGAGAUGAUGUGGCAGUUUAAAAGGGGUUUCGAAGAAGCAAACAAGUUUCUUCCGAGUGUGAACCAGUUGUUGAAUUUAUCGAAUGUAGGUCAAGAUCGGAAUGGAGAAGACAACGAACGGUUGUUAACAGGGUCGAAGGUAAGAAAAAGUCACGCGGAGGAUAUAACGGAGUUAGAAAAACGAGAAAGAAACAUUAAGCAGGCGGCGGUUUUUCCGGAUUCGACUUUACGGUCAGAAGAAAUUGACUUAAUUUUUCUCUCUAGUUUGGGAGAAGGUAAGGUUGCGUUAGACUCGUUUCGUGACACGUUACGUGAAGAAAAAGUUAAAGAUUCGUUGGUCGACUUAGAAGAUACAAGUUCGAAUAAAGGGAAAGGGAAAGGUAAAGGUAAAAGCAAGGCUCGCGGUAAGAAACAAAACCGUAAAAAAGAGGUUAUAGAUUUACGAACCCUUUUGAUUACUUGUGCACAAUCGGUUGCAGCUGAUGAUAGAAGGAAAGCGAAUGAACUGUUGAAACAAAUACGGCAACAUUCAUCUCCUUUCGGCGAUGGAACUCAGAGGUUAGCUCACUGUUUUGCCGAUGGGCUCGAGGCCCGCUUAGCUGGCACCGGUAGUCAAAUCCAUAAAGCAUUGGUCAGCAAGAAAACAUGUGCCGCUGACUAUAUCAAAGCGUAUCAUUUGUACAUGGCAUCGUCCCCGUUUAGAAAGAUUUCGAAUUUUGCUUCCAACAGGACGAUUAUGGAUAAAGCUGAGAAUGCGGCGACGGUACACAUCAUCGAUUUUGGUAUUUUGUACGGGUUUCAGUGGCCGACUCUCAUUCAACGUAUUUCCUCAAGAGAAGGCGGGCCACCACGGGUUCGGAUCACGGGGAUUGAGUUUCCGCAACCUGGGUUUAGACCGGCUCAAAGAAUCGAUGAAACGGGUCGGCGGUUAGAGGCGUAUGCUGAGCUGUUCAAAGUCCCGUUCGAAUAUAAUUCAAUCGCUAAAAGAUGGGAAAACGUUACGGUCGAGGAGUUAAAGCUUGUCGAAGGCGAGUAUUUAGUCGUUAAUUGUCUGUACCGAUCGAAAAACUUGCUUGACGAGACAGUGGUGGUGGAUAGCGCUAGAAACAUUGUUCUCAACCUGAUUAAGAAUAUCAAUCCCGAUAUCUUUAUCCACGGAGUUCUAAACGGAUCUUACAACGCCCCGUUUUUCCUGACCCGUUUCCGCGAGGCCCUUUUCCAUUUCUCCGCAUUAUUCGAUAUGCUUGAAACGAAUGUGGGGCGUGACCGACCCGAAAGGAUGCUGCUUGAAACAGAGGUGUUUGGAAGAGAAGCGUUGAAUGUGAUAGCGUGUGAGGGAUGGGAAAGGAUCGAAAGGCCGGAGACGUAUAAGCAAUGGCAUGCUCGUAAUUUGCGGGCAGGGUUAGUUCCUGUACCGUUCUCGCGGUUUAUAUUCAAACGGGCUGGAGAGAAAGUGAGUUUGUAUCAUAAAGAUUUCUUGAUAGAUGAAGACAACCAUUGGCUUUUGCAGGGAUGGAAAGGACGAAUCAUUUACGCGAUUUCUUGUUGGAAACCGGGCUAAUUCGCUAGCGAAUUUCGGGUGUGUGGUUGAUCAAGAUGUUUAAUUUUGGAAAAUUGUUGUGUUUUUGUUGAUAUGUGGGUAGGUGCAUUAACUUAGUCUACCUCACCUUUAACCAUCUUGAUAUUUGUUAUAUGAAAGGUGCUGAUUUUAAAUGAGCACUUGCUCUCAUAAACUAUAUGGUUCUUUCUUA